UUCAGAAAGCAGGUUUAGUGAAAACUCUGAGUUAGUUAACCCUGAGAUGAGGGAAACUCUGGUUUUUCAGUUUCACAAAGCCAGUUCAGCUUUACUCUGACCCUGGCAACAUACUCUGUGAACCUAACCUGCUCGCUGGCAGGUUUUCUUCAACUAACCCCGAGUUUCUCCUGCUCUUAAGUUGAAGCCUGCAGACUGAAGGCAGUGGCAGACAUGGCGUGUCCUUUUAUUGAAGAGCCAGUUGAUGUCGAGGCGCAGAUACUUGGAUGUUUUAUCAUUCCCUGAUGAGUAGCUACCUGUUUGAGCGUUUCCGUUUCUCUGCAUCAUCAAUAAUUUAUAUAAACAAUAUUCUCAGCCCUCACAUCGCUCACAUGACACAUCGUGGAAGCGCUCUCAGUUCCGAGCAAAUUCUUUGUAUUGCACUUCAUUCUUUUGCCAACGGCAGUUUUUUGUAUAACGUCGGUGAUGCAGAGCAUGUGUCCAAGGCAACUGUCUGUCGGGCUGUCCGAAAUGUGACACUUGCACUGAAACGGCUACUAUGCACGUUUGUAGUGUUCCCAAGUCACAGACCCACCAGACUUCUCAAAGAAGAGUUCCACAGAAUUGCAGGGUUUCCAGGUGUGAUUGGCUGCAUAGAUGGCACUCACAUUCCUAUCAUAGCUCCUUCAAUAAAUGAAGGAGAUUAUGUGAAUAGGAAAUCUGUCCACAGCAUUAAUGUACAGAUCAUAUGUGACGCAGCCCACAUGAUAAAUAAUGUGGAAGCGAAGUGGCCUGGGUCUGUGUAUGACUCACGAAUGUUUCGUGAGUCUACACUGAGUGCCAGAUUUGCCCGUGGUGAGUUUAUAUAUAUAGUUUAUAUAUCCAGUAUAUAGUUAUAUCCUAUGAUCAAUAUUUUGUUUCCUCCUAUUACAACUGAAACAAUAAAGUGUAUCUUGUAUUAUCAUAGGAGAGUUUGAUGGUUAGUAUACUCGGAGACAGAGGGUACCCCUGCCAGCGCUAUCUGCUGACCCCUUACCCUGACCCUGACCCUUGCCCACAGCAACACUACAACUUGGCUCACUGCAGGACACGAGCCAGAGUGGAGAUGACCAUCGGCAUGCUCAAGGCCCGGUUCCAGUGCCUUCGAAGGCUCAGGGUCACCCCAGAAAGGGCUUGUGACAUUAUAGUGGCAUGUUUGGUUCUCCACAACAUUGCCACUAUUAGAGGAGAACAAUGUCCUACUCUUUCCCCCAAUGAUCCAGAUAAUAAUCCUGACCCCCCUGCUGAUGCACGAGAUGGAAGAGCUGUUAGAGACAUGAUAUGCUUCAAUCAUUUCUAACUGACUCUGCCUUUUUUCUGUUGGCUAUAAUGGAGGUCAAAUUUUAAGAUAACCAGAAAACACAAAUUUGGAGACUUGUAUGUAUAAAAGGCAUUUAGGUGUUGCUUUCAUAUAGACAAUAUUAAAUGCUGGCAGUGU